AUGGGAGGAGCACUGAGUCUGGAAAAGGCAGAGGAAAGUGAAUUAUUGGCAGGUAGGAGCAGAGUUAAUAGACUGGAGAGAACCAGUCUACAGCAAAAAAUAGAUCAGAGCAAAACAGGGCAGAGCUGCCAUGGUUUCCGCAUAAUUUACAAGUACGCGUUCAUCCUGCUGUUGCCUCGGCUGCCUCUUGGUUGGCGUUGGUUGGUUGGACGACUAAUAGAAACAGGGCGUUUUGGUGAGGUGAACCUCCCGCGUCACGCCGCGUGUGUCGCCGUGUCACCAGCAGUGAUGCUUGACAACAUGCCUUCAGCCUCGACGUUCACUACUCUUGAGGCUCGCUGUCUCAACGAUGGCUCCCUGUAUGAAGAUGAAACCUUUCCCGCAGCCAUUGAAAGCAUAAAUCCCGAUGGCAACGUGCCAAUUCGAGAAGCUGAUAUUACCUGGAAACGGCCGAAGGAGAUCUGUGACAACCCUGUGUUUAUACAGGAGAACGCCACUAGUUUUAACCUGUACCAAGGCAAAAGUGAUAGUUGCUGUUUUGCGGCAGCUGCAGCUUUACUCGCCACUAAAAGAUUACUCUUUAAGUCGGUUGUGCCGCCAGAUCAAAACUUUGGCGGGAAUUAUACAGGAAUAUUCCAUUUUUAUCUCUGGCGGUAUGGAAAAUGGCGGGAAGUGAUCAUAGACGAUCGGUUGCCCCUUGGCAAAGACAAGAAGCUGUUAUUUUGCCAAAACCAAGGAAAUCCGGAGGAGUUCUGGUGCGCUCUUCUGGAGAAAGCUUAUGCCAAGCUCUGUGGCUCAUACAGCGCUAUAAGCUCACUGUUCGCCAGAGACAUAAUGGUGGAUUUUACUGGUGGUUUUCCUGAAUCAUACAACAUAAAAAAGAAAGCAAAACUCCCUAAUAAUCUCUUCGACUUGUUAAGAAAAUGCGGUAGCAAAGCCGCCAUUCUUCAAUGUGGGAUAUGGCCGGACAAAGGUGAGACCAUUCCCAUGAGUUUACCGACAGGACUCUAUACAGGCCACGCCUACAGUGUGACGUCAAUGAAACAAAUUCAAGUCAACGGGACACCUACCAGACUGGUGAGACUGAACAACCCGCAGGGUCAAACAGGCUGGAAGGGGGCGUGGGGGGAGACAUCUAAGGAAUGGCAGGCCUUCACGCUCGUAGAUAAAGAAAGUCAAGGAGUGAGGUGCAAUGACAACGAAUUCUGGAUGACCUUUGACGACUGGUUGAAGAACUUUGAAAUUCUGGACAUAAUACACAUGAGAAAUAAGGAGGAGGAGGUAGUAUGGCAGAGUGCUCUACACUAUGGGGAGUGGGUCCAUGGCGUCACAGCCGGAGGAGGAGGAAGUAACCCAGCUCAGAAAGAACUCUACUUUACCAACCCUCAAUACCAAAUGACUAUCCGGCUGAGAGACGCCGACGAACACAGCACAAUUUGCACCUGUCUCCUGUCCCUGAUGCAGAUUCUCCCGCCUCAACGCGACCUCUUCCUCGGCUCCAAACCAUCCUCGCAUCUUAUCUUCUUUAACGUGUACCAGAUCAAGGACGGCGUUGCUGAGCCGUUUAAUGAAGACAACUACUCCGAACGCGCAUCCGCCGUCUAUCAACUCCAAACCAAUGUCGUUCAGCGCGAGGUGACGUGUCGUCUGCGUCUAGAACCUGGAGUUUACUGCCUCAUUCCAACUACUCAGAAAACUAACCAGGAAGCCGAUUUUCUUCUCAGAAUAUGGACUGAAAAAGAAAUACAUUCCUGUUUAGUUGACGAAACGACGGGCCCCUAUCAGCCGAAGGUGUCUACCUCCAUCCCGUUGGAUGGUGAGGAUUCUAGCGUCCCCGAGAAUUAUUUAGGUCUCUCAAAGGAUGUGUUCUUUAAAUACGGUGGCCUGGAGGGGGCAGUAGACGGACGCGAUCUACGGGUUCUCAUUAACCAUCUCUUCAGGAAAGAUCUUGGAGACAGCGGAGGCUUCACCGUGGAACCGUGCCGCUCCUUGUUGUCUAUGUUUGACGUCGAUUCAGUAGGCUAUCUGAACUUUGAUCAAACGUCAAAACUUUGGCAGCUUAUACGUCGUUGGCGGGCCGUUUUCAAGAGGUACGACACAUCUAGGUCAGGACUCAUUGAAAGCUUUGAAGUUCGCAAACUAUUCAGAGAUAUUGGUUUUCGACUAAACACACCCACAGUCACCGUAAUAAUUAGGAAAUACGGGGGCAAACAGGAGAACAUCAAUUUUGAAGAUUUUGUUCUGUGUGCCGCUAGGGUGCAUACGUUAUACAGCAGUUAUAAGAAAUACAGUAAAAGAGGUCUUGGAGACGAUGCCAGGCUGAACAUGGAACAGUGGAUGCAAGUGGGUAUGACACAGUGACGUGGGGAAGGGUUUAGCACCAUGAGACUUUGGGACGGUCACUUGUGUACUGAUGAAGUGCCAUGCUAGCUCAUUUUAUAUAACUAACUAUCAUAAAGAGAAACCCCUAGUACACCGCAGCAAUGCAGCAGAUGCACUUUUAAUUGAAUUAUUGUGAGCAGACGUUUUUGUGACAUUAUUAUUAUUUAUUAAAUCCCUGAUAUAGACACGAGGCAGAAGAACGUUUACAUAUUUUUAUUUAUUAUAUGUUAACAUAUCAUUUAUUGUUUAAGUUUUAAGCAAGGGACAGUUUAUGGGGUUCUCCUUUUGUUAACUCUUUCCAUCUCUUUUCAAAAAGUUUGACUAACAGGCCCUGUACGUGGAAAAAAUCUUCUGAAUAAACCAAUCAAUAUGAAAGCUGGGUCCUUGUAAGGGAAAUUAAGGUAAUAAACUUUUGUACAUAUUUAAUAAAGUCGAAAAAAUUGUGGUUGAAAGGUAAGAAAAACUGCUUUAAGAUUUCUUAUCCACGUUGUAAACUGCAUAUAUCGUCCAUACUUUCCAUAUUUUCAAAUUUCAUGUAUCUACGUAUCAAUCAAGACCUUGAAAACGAUAAAACCCCUUCAAUAAAAGUAUAUGAUGUCGAUAUUUCUAUGUGUUAUGUACAGGAAGACAUGGCGGUGUAAGGGACUGGCCAGUCGUUUAGAACUAAAUUAUUUAAUUAGAAAUUAAAUAAAACAUCGAAUCCAAGUACAUGGACGGCGAUUCAUCGAAUUGCUUGUUUUUUUCGAUGAAAAUUUGAUUUGUCGGGAAAAUCCAGGUUAAGAGGUUAGGAUACCUUUAAGGUCCUAAGACAUAUUUUCAGUGACGGUCGUGUGUGAAAUCCCACAAACUGUCCCUUUAAUAGACGUUACCUAGGCAAUAUCAUAGCUGAAUAUUUACUGUUUUAGAAAUAUCAUAACAUCUAAACACAUUUAAUGAAUAAUGGUCGCACACAAUGAUAAAGUUUUAAAGAUGGUUAAAAAAGAUAUUAGAUGAAGGAUGUGGAAUCCAUCUUUAUUUACCCUGCCAAAUAGUUGCCUGAUAUGAGACGCUGGUACCCCGCUAUGCCGUGAUAUGACUUACUCUUGAAAACAGGACACUAGGACAUUGCGGCUCAGCAAAUCUUUAACGAAACGAUAUUUUAUUUUAGCAAAUUACGUAGGUUUGCUUAGCCUAUUCGCUGUUGGUCUGUUGGCUUAUAGCUAGCUAAGAAGUAUCUCUUUCUCAUUGUGAUAUCCAGUUAUAAAUUGAUAAAGUGUUCUAAAGAAAGUCGGCUAUAUUUGUUUGAUGUCCUCCUUCAUCGGCUCAUCUGUGUCGGCUGUGUGGUCACUGUUCGAACUGAAAACAAAACGGUCCCCCAAAAUUAAAAGUCUCAAUAAUUGCUCAAUAAUUGU